AUGUCGGACGCUCCCAAGCCCUCCGUGGUGGUUGAGGCCCACGAGGUCGACACUUUCCACGUUCCCAAGGCUUUCCACGACAAGCACCCGACCGGAACCCACCUGAAGGACCUCGACGAGUACAAGAAGCUCUACGAUGAGUCCAUUAAGAGCCCCGACACUUUCUGGGCUCGUAUGGCUCGUGAGCUCCUCACUUUUGACCGCGAUUUCCAGACCACUCACUUCGGCUCUUUCGAGAACGGCGACAAUGCCUGGUUCGUCGAGGGUCAGCUGAACGCCUCAUACAACUGCGUUGACCGUCACGCUCUGAAGAACCCCGACAAGGUCGCCAUUAUCUACGAGGCCGACGAGCCCAAUGAGGGCCGCACCAUCACCUACGGCGAGCUGCUGCGCGAGGUCUCCCGGGUCGCCUGGGUGCUCAAGCAGCGCGGCGUCAAGAAGGGCGACACCGUCGGCAUCUACCUGCCCAUGAUUCCCGAGGCCGUUAUUGCCUUCUUGGCCUGCUCCCGUAUCGGUGCUGUGCACUCCGUCGUCUUUGCUGGUUUCUCCUCCGACUCUCUCCGGGAUCGUGUGAUCGACGCCCAAUCCAAGGUCGUCAUUACUACCGAUGAGGGUAAGCGUGGUGGAAAGGUUAUUGGUACCAAGCGCAUUGUCGACGAGGCUCUGAAGCAGUGCCCCGACGUUACUACUUGCCUGGUUUACAAGCGCACCGGCGCCGAGGUCCCCUGGACCGCCGGUCGCGAUUUGUGGUGGCACGAGGAGGUCGAGAAGUACCCCAACUACCUCGCCCCCGAGCCGAUGAACUCCGAGGACCCUCUCUUCCUUCUCUAUACUUCCGGUUCUACCGGCAAGCCCAAGGGUGUUAUGCACACGACCGCCGGUUACCUGCUCGGUGCGGCUAUGACCGGUAAAUACGUGUUUGAUAUUCACGAGGACGACCGUUACUUCUGCGGUGGCGAUGUCGGCUGGAUUACCGGUCACACCUACGUUGUCUACGCGCCUCUGCUCCUUGGCUGUGCUACUGUCGUUUUCGAGAGUACUCCCGCUUACCCUAACUUCUCCCGCUACUGGGAUGUCAUCGAUAAGUACGAUGUUACUCAGUUCUACGUCGCCCCCACUGCCCUGCGUCUGUUGAAGCGCGCCGGCGAUGAGCACAUCCACCAUAAGAUGAAGUCUCUGCGUGUCUUGGGCUCUGUUGGUGAGCCCAUUGCUGCCGAGGUGUGGAAGUGGUACUUCGAGUCCGUUGGAAAGGAGGAAGCCCACAUCUGCGAUACCUACUGGCAAACUGAGACUGGCUCUAACGUUAUCACCCCUCUGGGCGGCAUUACCCCUACCAAGCCCGGCAGUGCCUCUCUUCCCUUCUUUGGCAUUGAGCCCGCGAUUAUCGACCCGGUCUCUGGCGAGGAGAUUACCGGUAACGAUGUCGAGGGUGUCCUUGCCUUUAAGCAGCCCUGGCCCAGCAUGGCCCGCACCGUUUGGGGUGCCCACAAGCGUUAUAUGGAUACUUACCUGAAUGUGUAUAAGGGCUACUACUUCACCGGAGAUGGCGCUGGUCGCGAUCACGAUGGUUACUACUGGAUCCGUGGCCGUGUUGACGACGUUGUCAACGUUUCUGGUCACCGUCUGUCCACUGCUGAGAUUGAGGCUGCCCUUAUUGAGCACCCCAUGGUCGCCGAAGCUGCCGUUGUUGGUAUCUCCGACGAGCUGACCGGCCAGGCCGUCAACGCCUUCGUUGCCCUGAAGGACGGCAAUGAGACCACUGACCAGGUGCGCAAGGAUCUGGUCAUGCAGGUCCGCAAGUCGAUUGGUCCCUUCGCUGCCCCCAAGGCUGUGUUUGUGAUCGACGAUCUCCCCAAGACCCGCAGUGGUAAGAUUAUGCGCCGCAUUCUGCGCAAGAUUCUCAGCGGUGAGGAGGACAGCCUGGGUGACACCUCGACUCUGUCCGAGCCUGGUGUUGUGGACAAGAUUAUUGCCACUGUCCACGCCGCCCGCGCCAAGUAA